CCGACUCCACUUCACUGAGUUCACUCCCCACACACACUGCAUUCAAAACGCAACUCUCUCCUUCUGCAAAGAGAGAGAGAGAGAGAGAGAGAGAUGGCAAUUCCUUUCUCUAUUUCCCAUAUUACCCCUCUCACUUUUACUUUUUUAUUCCUCCUGCUCUCUUCAUCCACCACCAUCACCACCGCCGUUGACGUCACUACUCUCCUCUCCUCCUUCCAAAACCUUUCCUCAUUUUCUUCUCUUCUAUCCUCCACGUCCGUCGCCACUGACCUUACCCAGCGCAAUUCCAUCACUCUCCUUGCCGUCACAAACCCCUAUCUUUCUUCCUCCUCUGACCUCACCCACCGCCUCUCUCAAUCCUCCCUCGCCGACCUUCUACGCUACCAUGUCCUCCUCCGCUACUUCUCCUGGUCUGACCUCCAGAAGAUCCCCCCGUCUGGUGUCCUCGUCACCACGCUCCUCCAGACCACCGGCCGUGCCCCAUCCAACUUCGGCUCCGUUAACAUUACCCGCAACCCUAUUACUAAUUCCAUCACGGUUCAAUCCCCUGCCCCCUAUUCCCCCUCAAAUGCCACCGUUAUAUCCCUAAUCAAAACCCUCCCUUAUAACAUCACCAUACUCGCUGUUAAUUCCCUCCUCGUCCCCUACGGCUUCGAUCUAAUGGCCUCCGACACUCGCCCUCCUCCCAACCUAAACAUCACCAAAGCCCUAAUCGACGGCCACAAUUUCAAUGUCGCCGCAUCCCUGUUGGCCGCAUCUGGCGUUGUUGAAGAAUUCGAGGCAGAUGAAGCAGGGGCUGGGAUCACUCUGUUCAUCCCCACGGACCUCGCAUUUGCAGAUCUACCUGGAACGGUGAAAUUGCAGAGUCUUCCGGCGAAACUGAAAGCUGUGGUGCUGAAAUUCCACGUUCUUCAUUCAUAUUACCCUCUGGGUUCACUAGAAUCAAUUGUAAAUCCCGUGCAACCCACAUUGGCUACGGAAGACAACGGAGCCGGAAGCUACACCCUCAACAUUUCAAAGGUUAAUGGAUCAGUCGCGAUCAAUACCGGUAUCGUUCAGGCUUCCGUGACGCAGACUGUGUUCGACCAAAAUCCGGUGGCGAUUUUUGGGGUAUCAGAAGUACUUUUGCCGAGGGAAAUUUUCGGGAACGAUCCCUCCGUAAUUACUCCGAAGCCGGGAAAUGAGGGGGAGGGGACAGCUCCCUCGCCGGAUAUUUCACUCUCACCGGAGAAUUCCCCGGGACUGAGUGGACCAGCCUCCCAUCUGUCAUCACCGCCUGGGUUUCGCGAAGAGAUUCGAUCAGACGGUAAUAGAUAUCGGGUGCACAGCUACAUUAUUGCGCUCUGUUGUAUGGUAUUACAUUCAAUGGAACUACACAGAGAAUCUAUUCUGUACCUGUUUGGAUUACGAUGGGUAUGGGUUGGAUUUUUUAUUUAGUUGCCAUUAUGGAAAGGUCAUUAGUGGGUGACAGCCGGCAGUGGGGUCCGUCGGGUAGAGGCGGCUCCCGUCCGUCGGAACCGGAUUGGAAAGGCAUUGUACGGCCGGAUGUAGGGGUACCGCCGUGCCGGUCCCUCCACUUCAAAGAAUUUUUGUUCCUUGGAAAAAACAAAGGCUAAUCAUGCAACCUUGGGCUUUUGUUUUUCAUCCUAAACUCAUCACGUAUACAGGAUGGGCACAAUGUCAUAUUUUAAGGUCUCCUUUUUCAUAUUAAAGCCCAAGGUUUUAUGCUAUUUUGGGCCAACAGAUUACACAUAGUUAGGCCCAACAUUUUGCAAAUUUGAAACUCAUAUGAUGUAAACAUUGCGAAGAUCAUUGGAGGCCCAAAUCUUUCCCUCUGUCGUGGCAGCUGCAGUCUAGAGUUCAUAGUCGACAACCCAAUAGCUCUGCUCUACUGCCUAAUUUUCAAGUUUUCAAUGCCAUAAUUUCUUUCUGAAAAUUUGAUGACUGCUUAAAGGAGAUGAUAGUUGGGCGGAAAAGGGAAAAGAACGCCGUUAUGAUUGAUUCUUU